UUCGUACUAGUAAGUAAGUAAGAGUAAUUAUAAAUCUUAUUGCUAAUGUCUUUACCAACUGCAUGCUUAAACUAGAUAGUCUAGCUUUAAGCCUAUAACAACCAUGCAGUAGUGCAAUAUUGCUAGCUAAUAAUCCUCUUCCUCCUCCUCUCAAAGUCUCUCAACCAUACAAAUCCCUUGGUAAACUUUUCUUAGGUUCUUCACCACAAAACACCCUCUUCUUCUUUAUCUCUUUCUUUAAUUUUUUUCCUUACAUUAUUAAACUAAAAGUGAAAUCAAGCUGCUACUUUACUUUUUUGGAAAAGGGUUUGUUCAGAUUUUGUCCACACAGAAUCCAUAUGUGCAUACUGCUGCUAUCUUUUGAUCCUACUAUAAAUAAUUGGCUUUGCACAACUAGUACUGGCUUGGGUUCAUCAUUAGAUUGUGGGUACCAUUUAUCUCUUUUCUCUUCUUCAACCAUAUAUACCUACACAUAAUAUAAGAAAAAACAUUUAGAAUCAAACGAGAAAAAAGAUUGACAAACGGAUAGGAGACCAUUGAAUAUGUAUGAACAACAAGAGAGAAGAGUGGAGAUCGAGUUAAGCUAGUUAGGCCAUUUGUUCAUCAGCAACAACCAUGGCUGUAGCUCAUCAACCACCAAAUAGUCGGUUACAGACAAUGUUACAGUCAGCUGUUCAAGCUGUUCAAUGGACUUACAGUCUCUUUUGGCAAGUCUGUCCUCAACAAGGCAGGAUCUUAGUAUGGGGAGAUGGUUACUACAAUGGAGCAAUAAAGACAAGAAAAACAGUUCAACCAGUUGAAGUUAGUACAGAAGAAGCAUCACUUCAAAGAAGCCAACAACUUAGAGAAUUAUACGAAUCUUUAUCGGCCGAAGAAACAAAUCAACCUACUCGUCGACCUUGUGCUGCGUUAUCACCCGAAGACUUGACGGAAUCCGAGUGGUUUUAUCUCAUGUCUGUUUCUUUCUCAUUUCCACCUGGUGUAGGGCUACCAGGAAAAGCAUAUACAAGGCAACAACAUAUUUGGCUUACCGGCGCAAAUGAAACUGAAAGCAAGAUUUUCAGCAGAGCAAUUCUUGCCAAGAGUGCUCAUAUACAAACGGUAUUAUGCAUUCCCCUCCUCGACGGCAUUAUUGAGUUCGGCACAACUGAUCGAGUACAAGAAGACCUUGGAUUGAUCCAAUAUGUGAAGGGAUUCUUCACAGAUUAUAGACACCAACCAACACCUGCCCGUUCGGAACACUCAACAUCAAACCCGGCAUCUACUUCUUCAGAACAAUUCAACUUCAAUUCUACACCAGGAUUACUCUCUGCAAUGUACUCCGCAGCCCACCCGAUUCCCCAUUCUAGUAACCUAGAAAAACAAAAUGAAGAAGAUGAGGACGAUGAGGAGGAGGAAGAAGAAGAGGACGACGAUGACGAAGAAAAUGGGUCGGAAUCAGAUUCACAAGCUGAAACGGGUCGUAACAGUUAUGCGGAUGCAGCUGCAACAACAGUAGUUAUGCAAGAUCCGAUCCAUUUGUGUGACCCGAUGAUUGAAGGUUUAGUUACAACAACAGCUGAAAGAAGUGAGUUAGUUCAGCAUGAAAUGUCGGAAGAUAUUCGGAUUGGGUCACCUGAUGAUGUCUCUAAUAAUAAUUUAGACCCGGAUGUGAGAAUGUUUGAUAUAACCCACGGAUCUGAGCCGGGUCGUAAGUGGUCAGCUGAUCAGUUAAUCAGUGGCGGCGGUCUUCAGAUACCAAAUUCAGACACCCCUCAAAAUGAAGAGUUAACUCGUGAGGACAGCCACUACUCGCAAACAGUUUCAACAAUUCUUCAACAAAAUUCAAAUCAAUGGCCAGAUUAUACAACAACAGCACCACCACUAGGAGGAGGUUACAUUGGAUACACACUAUCAUCUUCUUCAUCAUCGUCAACAACAUCACAAUCAGCAUUUGCAAAAUGGAGUAAUCAAAAUAAUCAUCUCCUUCAUUUACCACCACCUUUGGACGUCACAUCGUCGCCACCACAAUGGCGGCUCAAAUACAUCUUGUUUCACGUACCGUAUUUACAUAACAAAAGCCGGGAUGAGAGUUGUACAAGAUCAAGAGAUGGUAGUGAACAAGGACAUAACAAGUUACGGAAAGGUUCCUCGGCAGAAGAUUUGAGUGCAAAUCACGUUCUGGCUGAGAGAAGACGGCGCGAGAAAUUGAACGAACGGUUUAUCGUUUUACGAUCGUUAGUUCCGUUCGUCACGAAAAUGGACAAAGCUUCUAUACUUGGGGAUACCAUCGAGUACGUGAAACAGCUCAAGAAGAAGAUACAAGAAUUAGAAUUGAAGAAUCAAUCGGAUAUUGAUCAAAGAAUGAAAAAUAUGGUCGGGUUCAAUGUCACUAGUGGUGGUGGUUCUAAUCAAAUGGUUAAUGAUCCGAUCGGGUUUCCCGGAUCCGAAAAGAGGAAGUUGAGAAUUGUAGAAGGGAAUGCUGGUGCAAAAGCUAAGGUGCUUGAAGGACCGCUGGUUAUUGGUAACAUCGUUCAGGUGUCAAUCAUCGAAUCUGAUGCAUUAUUGGAGCUGAGGUGCUUGUACAAAGAAGGGAUACUCCUAGAGAUCAUGCAGACGCUUCGAGAUCUUCGGUUAGAAAUCACGGCCGUUCAAUCCUCUUCGAGCAACGGCAUUUUUGUUGCCGAGUUGAGAGCUAAGGUGAAAGAGAAUUAUAUUGGAAAGAAGCCAACAAUUAUGGAAGUUAAGAAGGCAAUACAUCAAGUUUUAUCUCACUAGCUAGCUAGUAGUCACUACAGUAUACAUAAAUUAUGUGAUCUUUCGUCAAAUUACAGACGAAAGAAACAAGAAGCAUUAAAUUUCCUAGCUUAUUGCAUAUCUAAAACCAUAGAUCAUAUAGAUGUAUAUGCUCACUGAUGGCUAAUGACUUCUCAAGUUGCAAUGGCCAAUAAGUAAGGAAAUUUAUUUAGCUUACGUACAGAAAGCUGUUAUAAUGCCAUAUGAUUUAUGACUUGAAAUGUGUUUGAUUAAAAUUUUGUGCCUUUUUAGAUUGUAUAUCCGUUGAUUAAACAUUCAUUUUUAAAUUGGAUAGAUGUCUUACCGGUA